GCCGCGGGACCCUCCCCAGCGGCGUUUGGGGAGCGGAGGUGGGGGGAGGGGGGGGACGGACACGGGACAGCGGGCGCUGUGGCCCGGCUCCCCCAGCCCGCCUCGGAUGGAGGACGCCGACUCCGCGGCGAAGCAGCUGGGCUUAGCGGAGGCGGCAGCAGCCGCAGUGGCGGCGGCCGCGGAAGGACCCGAGCAGCAACAACAGCAGCAGGCGCCGCAAGCGGCAGCCCCGGAGCCCCAGGAGGAGGAGGAGGCGGCGGCGGCGGCGCAGGUGACGGCGGUGACGGUGAUGGCGGCUGAUGCCGAGCACAUCGAGAUGGGAGCCGAGCCCCUGCCGAGCGCCGACGAGGCCGCCGCUGCCGCCUUCGCAGAAGUCACCACAGUGACAGUAGCCAACGUUGGUGCCUCCGCAGACAAUGUUUUUACUACAUCUGUGGCAAAUGCAGCUUCAAUUUCAGGACACAUGUUGUCUGGGAGAACAGCCCUCCAAAUUGGGGACAGCCUGAACACUGAAAAAGCUACUCUCAUAGUGGUUCACACGGACGGCAGCAUUGUAGAAACCACAGGGUUGAAGGGGCCAUCCGCACCUCUCACACCAGGACCGCAGUCGCCUCCUACCCCUUUAACAUCCGUCCAAGAAAAAACUGGAACCAAGUAUAACUGGGACCCAUCUGUGUAUGAGAAUGAGCUCCCAGUGAGGUGCCGGAAUAUCAGUGGCGUUCUGUAUAAAAACAGACUCGGCUCAGGAGGCCGUGGUAGGUGCAUUAAGCAAGGGGACAACUGGUACAGCCCUACUGAAUUUGAAGCUAUGGCAGGACGAGCCAGCAGCAAAGACUGGAAGAGGAGCAUCCGCUAUGCUGGGAGGCCACUGCAGUGCCUUAUUCACGAUGGGAUUUUAAAUCCUCAUGCUGCCUCUUGUACUUGCGCUGCCUGCUGCGAUGACAUGACUCUGAGUGGCCCUGUACGACUCUUUGUACCAUAUAAAAGGCGGAAAAAAGAAAAUGAAAUGCCUGCAACUCCAGUGAAGAAGGAUUGCCCCAAAAACAUCACUCUGCUUCCUGCCACAGCUGCUACUACAUUCACCGUGACUCCUUCUGGACAGAUCACUACCUCUGGUGCUCUGACAUUUGAUCGUGCAUCGACAGUGGAAGCCACAGCAAUUAUCUCGGAAAGUCCGUCCCAGGGUGAUGUUUUCACUGGAGCCACUGUUCAAGAUACCAACGUCCAGCAGCCUUGUCGGGUCAACCACCCAGAACCUCACUAUCCAAGUUACCAGGACAACUGUCAGAUUUCACCUUUUCCUGAAGCUGCACUGCCAACAGCUCAUCCCAAGAUUGUGUUAACCUCACUCCCUGCCCUGGCGGUGCCCCCCACGAAAGCCAUAUCCCCGUCGGUGGUGAAUGGGCUGGAAGUGACGGAGCAGCGGAGCUGGCUGUACUUGGAGGAGAUGGUCAACUCAUUGCUCAACACUGCCCAGCAGCUGAAGACUCUCAUCGAACAGGCCAAACAGGCCAGCUCCUCCUUCCGCGAGGCUGCUGUCACACAAGCAAAAAUUCAAGCUGACGUGGAGAGGAAAGAGGCACGAGUGUGCAGCAAGAGACCUUGAAGAAAUGUGUGUGGGAAGACUUUGCUGAGAACUGAGAACCCCUAUGACAGUCCUUGCAGCGUCUUUGGUAUUCUUUGCCACGUUGUCUCUGCUAAACUCUUCUGUACGCUGCAUCCUUGAUGUGCAGGUGUGUGAUACGUUGAGAGUAAUUCUUGCCUGCCUUCUGCCUGGGCAGACUGGGUAUUCAUGCUGCUGUCCAGGUUUGGGCCGUCUCCUGCUAAAAAGCUGUGUAGAGCGAUAAAAAAAGAUACCAAAAAUUGGAAACUGACACAGUUGAGAGAUGAAUAUCUGACUUCAUUUAACUUCGCUCUCUGCUCUUUUUCCAGUUCAUGUGCUGUGUUCCCUUUUGUUUAUCCUUACAGUGGUUUCUGGAAUGGUGGUUCAGAGUCCAUUCCCCUCACCCUCUGAUCCAAAUCCAGCUCACUUCAGUGUAAUUCUAGUUUCUUCUUGCCCCAGGAAUGGGAGUUACAAUCACUCCUGUGUAUUGAUUAAAGUGCUGACUCUACAAGGCAAGGAUGAGCACAUGUUUAUUUCCAGAGGAAGCCCCUUUCCCAGUAACUAUUGAAUCCCCAGUUAUACAACUUGUGUGUCUUCCCAUUCUUCGUGUGUAAUGGUUACCUCAACAGUUUUGUAUUUUGAUAAAAACACUUGCUCACGGUGCUGUUUUUUUUUUAAUAUCCAAAUAACAAUUCUCAAGCUGCCGCUGUGUGCUAGCUUCUGGAACCGUCUGGAUGACACUGCAGAUAGGUAUUUCUGAAUUCCUUCUAGUGAAUUACAUUUUUGGAAAAAACUCUGGGUUUCUGGGUACAGGGCUGGCAUUGGAACUAAUUACAAUAAAUGUCAAAUACUUGGCUGUUUGCUUUUGUGUUGUUCAGAGGUGCUUUUCUGAUUUCAUGAAUGUUCCCCUGAUCGGUAACGCAAGUCUCUCUUGCAGCCUGAGAUGUGUGUGGUCACACUGCUUUUUUUGGCAGUUAAGGUAUACAAGAGGGAGAAAGAGGUGUCUUCCUGCCUUGGUGGUUGUUGAUUUUUGCUGGACCAAUUUAAUACAAGGGAAAUAGGCGCUUUAUCACUACUUCGUGUUUGUUACACUGACAGAAAUUCAGACUAGCAAAGCGGGGAGACUCCUUGCCACCUCCUCCGUUUGUGCGGGCGGGAUGGUGGGCGCAGCAAGCCACCAGCGUGCAGAAUUUCUGUGCAGCAGUAUGUUCCUGGGUAUUCAGAAGUGAAAGAUCGUGCCAUUGGGUCAGAGCUGCAGAGGAAAGGCUGUACAUCAGAUUAAAUUAUAACAGACCUGUAGACUCAGCUCUUCCUGGAAGGGUGACAAUACACAGCAGGACUAAAGAAAUCUCUUGGGAGCAGGUUGGAUCCCAACUGGGUACACACACUUCACUGCCAUGACUGUAACUAACACAUCUUUAGUAUUCACAGUGGUGCAGAGCUAUUCCCCACUUCAGUCUCCCAGCUCAUGUGGAUGUUGAGUGUUGAGUUCAAGCACUUUUGAACUUGUAAACUGCCCGUAUCCCUGACCAUUUCCCUCUGUCACCCUGGCAAGAGGGAGGUGGCCUCUGCCUGCCGACAGAAGAGCAAGCCAGGGCUCUUGGGACAGCGCUGUCUUUACUUGCCCUCCAGAGGAAGUCUGAAGUGGCCACAAAUUUAAGCAGAGCAGAAGAGAGGUGGCAAGAACAGCAAACGUGUAUGAAAACUUACUUGCGUGCUAGUUUGGUUUCAGUCUUCCUAGAGAGCAAUAAAUUAAUCAGUAAGAGUUUUUAAUCACAGCUUAUAUGCCUUGUUGUGUAUUGCAAAUCACUUAUGCUAUUGUGUUUCACUUAUUAAUUAAUGAGCUUUGGAGUUCAUUAAAUAUCACAAAUGAGCCACUGCUCCCAUAUAGCAGCAGUCUGGUUGACUUGGCUUUGCAUACCAGCAGUUGUACUCCAUGCCGAGCAGCGGUGGGUGCUGUUGGGAUCUGGCAGAGCUCUGGAGUGGGAAAGGCAGGCUUUUGCUCCCAGUUUCCUUUAAGCAGGGGAGGUGUUUGUUCUUAUCUGUGAAGUCAAAGAGCAGACAUCACUGUUUCAUUCUGGUCACGCUUGCUAAUGAUAUUAUCCAGGACUCUUCAAAGAAGGGGAAUACAUUAUUCCCCUCACUGAUAUCGUUUUGAAGGUGCAAGUGCCAACAUCAGAGAGGAACUGUGGCAGGAAGGGGGUCUGCUAAAUGUAGCAAGUAAAAACCAUAUAAAAUUGUAAAUGGAGCAUAAAUAAGCAUCUGUGGUCACGUUUCUUCCUUAAAUUGGCAUGUCUAAUCUGAAUUUUGCAGGAGGAUUGGAUCCCUAAUUGCGGUUCCCAACACAUGGUGAUAUCUAUAUAGAGAGUCCUCGGAAGCAACAGGGGAGCUGAAUUGGGAAAUGCUGAGCAUUUUGGCAUCAGGCUGUACAGCAGUGGAAUAUAAAUGCCUGUCUUCAUAGGCAAUUAGUGAAAAUAUAGGAAAAUACACUUGCCUUCCACUCUUCUCUCAUGUUUGACCUGAGGGGUUUUUUUCACUCUGCCUCCAUACUAUAAGAUUACAGCCCUGCAACGCCCCGUGUCAGGGUCUGGUGAUGUCCUUAGCUGUUCUGAAGAAACUAUAGGUCAGAUUCCAAGUGCUGGAGCUAAAGGUUUCACCAGCAGAGUUUUUCUUGCAUAUAAUUUUGUAAUUUGGAAGUCCUCGCACACACCCUUUUGCUAUCUUUGUCCUUUUUAAUUUCUGUAAAUUUGUUUAAGGAUCAUGGUUUGCUGGGCAAGUUUCAAGACUGAGGAUCUCUUCCGAUUUUUGUUUCCCUCUUUACCGCAAGUUAUUUAGAUGUUUCUGGGUAAGUCCUUGGUCUCUCUGGGCCUCAGAGCCUGCUCUUUACAAUAAGGAUAACACUUUGUUCACAGAGGGUUUGCAUACCAGUGUGCAGAGUGGUAGGAUCUCUGGGUAAAGGGCUGUGUAAAGAGACAUUAACCUUAUGGGUCCUAGAAAUAAGGGCAGUUUGUAAACUCAAAAUCUGCAGUUCCAGCAUUUAUGAAAUAUCUCUUCUGCAAUAAUUUCUUUUGAAACAAAAUUGUUCUAGAGUCUAAGUGGUUAAAAAUACCUUUCCUGUUGUUUAUGCUGUCUGCAGUAUCUCAUGUGCCUGUUGAUGAUGACUCCUUAAUUAAUAAGCAGAGCCCUCACAGAGUUAGUUCCAGACACGAAGCUGACUGUUUAAGAAAUGAUGAUGGCUGUAAGGCUUGUGCUUUCUGUGUGUAAACAAGAGGCGCAUAUGCAGCUGGUGCUUAGCCAGUGCACAGCUUUAUAUUUGCAAACACCAAAUAUAAGUUACAUUUAUGUUACUUAGAAGUCUUGGGGAACAUCAUUCUGAAAGAAAGGCAAACCAUAAACCCUCCAGCUUGGUGUUUAUAUUAAAAUUCAUCAUGCUUAUUGCAAAAAAAUGAAAAUAUCAAAAUAUUUGUAAGCUUUUUCUGAAUUGCAGCAUUUUGCAUGGGAUUCGUUAACUGCAACUGCUCUGUCAGAACUUCAUGAAGCUGCUAAGGAAAAGUUCACCACUGUCAUUAUUAAUUAGCGUGUGAGCGAGUGUAUCUGAUCCUUUGGUUACUAUCUGAAUGUUGGCUUUACUGCUUUUUUUGAUUUAGGGAAAAACAUUUAGGAAGAGAGUGAGUGGGGCGACAAAGUCUCAGUGUCUCGUAGAACAGAUAUUUGACAACUAGCAGGACCGGCCCAAAGGGAAAGGAUUAAAGACAGUACUUUAUACAGAGGUCUCUCUGCUUUGGCAAUGUAAUUUUUUUGAGUGUGCAUUAAGCCAUUGUUUAUAUCAGAUAAACUUUAGGAGGGGGAGAAUACAUGAACUCAGCAAAUUGUGUGCCAGAAGAUUUUGCUGGAAGAUAAUAAUUCAGGAAAUGUGUUAAACAGUUUUUCUGUGUAAAUUCAAAAGAAUCAGUGUUGAAAUCUGACAAGGGUUUUAAUUGAAAUAGCCCCCUGUGUGAUGCAGCGAUGCCUUUGGAGCCCAUCCCAUUUGAAAACAAGGUGGAAGAUUAAAUCAGCUGACAGCUGGAUCAUCUUUUUUAGAAAGAUUAAAACAAUUCAGGGCUAGAGAGUAUGAAAUUAACCUAAAAAGGGUCAGGUAUUUAAGAGUAUGAAAUGAACCUAAAAAGGGUUGGCAGUUUAAGAAAUGUUGCUCUAGGAAGCAAAUAAUGGCUGCGUACUCCAAGGCAGCAGUGAAGACAGUUGAGAAUUGUUGGUUAUCGGUUCUCUGGAGCCAGUUUUGUGAGAGAUCAGGAUGUAUCUGGCUUGAGCCUCUCUCUUACAACACCUUUUCCUUUUCCAUAGUUUCUGCAUGGCUCCAAUUCUGCACACCGGGGGCUGCGCAGAACCAGAGGACUCGCUAUGGGGCUGGAUAAAAAGGAGACAGAGGGGGGUUAAAGGUGGGGUUUCCAUCAGGAGGGUUCGGGGGCUGAGAGCAGAGGUGGAGGAGUUGCUGUGGCUCAGGCAGGGCCGAGGGAGACUGAGCUUCCUCCGGGUGCCUCUCCCAUUGGCAGAAUCCCUGGAGAGCAGGAUCAGCCACACUCGGAGAGGAUGGAGUCUGGUGGUGGGAAGGGUUUUCAUUUCACUUCAUUAGAACUGGAAUUCGGCGUGUUCAGCCCCAGCACUGUCUCUGCAUGGGCUGUUGCAGAGGGGACGGUACUAGCUGGGGUUUUGUGUGCAGAGGUUUUCAAGCCGGGUUGAAAUCCAGCGCACCGCGUGCUCUGCUAUCUGUAUUUCCACUUUCUUCACUAAAAAGAAGUUUAGAAACAUUAUGAAGUUUUCCUAGGCCAGUACUCUUAACAUGGGUCCUUUGUCUUUCACUUAAGAGUGGAAAGCUCGUUUUAACGUUUCCUGAAGAAUCCGCAGUUGCCUGCCAGCCCGGUUCUCUGCCUGUGUGCAGGGUGGCAGAGGGCAGCAGCUGCGGCACAGGGUGUUGUGUCCCAGCUUCCCCAUGGCCAGUGCUCACUGACAUUAAUGAUUCUCUCAAGAAUCAAGUUAUUUUCUUCCUGUGACACAACAGGAUUGAUUAUUAGGCCAGAGGCCACAUCUGAAGCUUGCUGGCAUAUUCCCUGUCUUCACAAGGACUUUUUGAUUCGGACACAGUUUUGGUUCUGAAAACAGUAAUUUGAAAUUUCCAUACAUGUGAUGCAUACCUUGCCUACGCAGUACUGGAAGCACUGGGGCUGUUGUGUGUGGCUCCUGGCUGGCUAAUUAGCCUGAUCUUGCCUAUUUGUCAAAUGUUGGCAGAACCCAGUCACACCCCUUGCAGUCUACAGCAAGAGGUUUCCCUGCCACCUCCUCCAUGUCCCUUGAGUUUUUUAAUUUGAAUUUGUGUCAUGGUAAUAUAAAGGUUUUGAAGGUUGUGAUUUCACAGGAGAAUAAGUACUGUGAUGUCAGGCCAUAGAAACACUUGUAAAUUAAGCCUUUAAUCUCCUUAUAUGUUGGUUCAUACUCCUGGAUAAACCUGCUUUGCCUGAAGGUGGGGGUUCAGCUUUUUUCUUACUGUUCCCAAUAAAUUUGAAUCAGGGUUAGCACAUAAUCAAAUUGGGAUCAGUUUUUGAUUCCUUUGGGUUAGGACUCCUAUCUCAGCAGUGUUGGCCAGGCAACAGGUAGAGCAGCACCCGGCUGGACUUGAACUGGUUUGAAGUAGAUCUGCAGCACGCCCCAAGUGUGCUUUGAAGGUCCCUUCCAGAGGACUGCUUAAUUCAAAAACUGUUUGAAAACCCUUUUAUGCUUCUGUUAAAAGGAGGAAUAAUGGGUAUGGUUGAUGCUGUUUCUCAAGUCUUGAGUGUGUUAAAUUUAUUUGGGUUUUUUUUCCCCUAAUCCAUUCCAUUGGGCCGUGCCAUCCCUCCAGACUCCUUUUGUCUGUUAGUGCAUUAGGAUUGUUGAACUUGACCCAAAAUUUGGCCCAAGAAGAUGGCACUUGGCCCUAUUACCUUGGCAUUUUCCUCAUGUUUCUGUUGCUAAUACCUUAGGUCCUCGUGUGUGGGGGGGUGCAGUUGCCUUGUGGCAAUUAAGCCGCCUGUUUAAGGAGGAGUGCUUGGCUGGAUGAACUGGGGAGAGUGGGGUUUGUGUAAAAGCUGCACGUAACUGGCAAUUUGUCACCACAGACUGUUUUCUCACAGACUUCAUCUGUCUCCACGUCAGGGCACAGUAUCCCUCUCUUGUAAAGGCAGAGUGAGGUUCCUCUUCAACUGCACUUUCGGGCUUGCUGGAAGCAAGCUCGUUGUCAGACCCGCCGUGCAGAGCUCCCUUUUCAACCCUUCACAUCAUACUCUGGCUGGGAAAUGAUGAAUCUGGUAUAUUUUUCC